AUGGAAGAUUCCAUUAAUUUCGUUACUUCAUGGUUGAAAGAUACAUCCUCACAUACAACUGAUAUACUCACUAUAUUGGGUAUGGGUGGGAUGGGGAAGACGUCUUUAGCCAAAUAUGUCUAUGCGUUACAUUUUCAUGAAUUUGACACAAGCAGUUUCAUUGAAAAUAUCACUGGGAGAUGUGAUGAAAAAUUUAAUGGGUUGCUUGAUGUACAAAAACAAAUGUAUCAUGACAUUUCAAAAAGAAGUUCAGUUCUAGUGCAUGAUGUUUCUACAUACACCUUAAUGAUAGAGAAUGCAGUAGCUCUUAAAAAGGUGUUUCUGGUUCUAGAUGAUAUUAGUAGCCCCAACCAAUUAGAUGCAUUACUUGGAAGCAAAGGUUUUCAUCCAGGAACCAAGAUCAUAAUAACAACAAAAGAUGCAUGGUUGACAAAGAUUUGUGCACUAUUCAAAACGAAAGUUAAACCCAAGCACACAACGUAUGAGAUUGAAUUAUUAUCCGAGAUCGAUUCACAAAAACUUUUGUGUAAUCAUGCAUUCAUGUGCAACAAUCCUAAGGAAGGUUAUGAAGAGGUAUCAAAAAACCUUGUGAAGUAUUGUGAAGGACAUCCAAUGGCUCUUAAAGUUUUGGGUAGGUCUUUAUAUAAUCGAGAUGUGACAUAUUGGGAGGGGUACAUAGACAGGCUAAAGAAAGAAAAUGGUUCCCCUAUAAAUAAUGUCUUAAGGAUGAGCUUUGACUCUUUGCCAUCAGAAAAUGAUAAGGAGUUGUUUAAACAUAUUGCUUGUAUUUUUGUUGGAAUGGAUAUAAAUUUUACCGUAACAAUAUUAGAGGCAUGUGAUAUAGAAACAAAAACUGGGAUCACAAAUCUCAUCGACAAAUGCCUUCUUAGUAUUAGAUGGAAUAACGAGUUGGUGAUGCAUCGGUUGGUUCAAGAGAUGGGAAGAUUUGUAGUACGUGAGGAAUCACUUUACAAGCCAUGGGAACGAAGUCGAUUAUGGGGCCAUGAAUCAUUUAGAGUGUUGAAACAAAAAAAGGGCACAGAAAAUAUUCUAGGACUAACCCUUGACAUGCGCUUGCUUGAGAAAGAGAAGUUACAUGGAUCACUUGAGUUAAAAAUAGAUGCAUUAAGUAAGAUGGAUAGUUUAAUGUUGCUACAACUCAAUUAUGUGCAAAUAACCGGCUCUUACAAGAAUUUUCCUGAAGAAUUAAGAUGGUUGUGUAUGCAUGGUUUCCCUUUGAAUUCUAUACCUAUGGACUUACCAAUGGAGAAUCUUGUUGCUCUUGACAUGUCAUAUAGCAAUAUUGAAUCAUUUGGGAUUUGUCAUAGCUAUCAACAACGACCUUCAAAGCGGAUAAAGCAAUUGAUUGGAUCGUGCUCAAAAGGUCAAAGGUUGCUUAGAUCGUUGAAGAUUCUUAAUUUAAGUUUCUGUGAACAACUUCGUAGUCUUGGUGGGUUUGACUACCUCCCUACACUUGAGAAAUUAAUACUUAGAGGUUGCAUUGGUUUGUUUGAGGUUUGUGAAUCAAUUGAGCAAUGUGCACAACUUAUUUUUGUUGAUUUAAGCUACUGCAACAAGCUUGAAAAACAUACAAGAAUCUUACGCAUGUUGAAGAGAGUUGAAACACUAUUGCUAGAUGGUUGCUAUCUUAAACAAUCUCGAAUCAAGAUUAGGGAUAUGGAUUCAUCGAAAAUGCUCCCGGAUAACAACACUGACAUAAACACAAAAUCCUAUUCGACUGCUGUUGUGGAGUCUAUACCAAGUGAUUUGAAGUUUUUAGCAAAUUCUUUGCCAAGAUCUUUAGUAGUGUUGUCACUUGCAAAUAAUAAUUUGUCUAUUGAAUCCUUUCCCAUGGACUUCAGUUGCCUAGUCAUGCUAAAAGAAUUAUGUUUAGAUGGCAAUCCCAUCGUUUCCCUGCCCAAUUGUGUGAGAAGCCUUCCUAGGCUUGAGAAUCUUAGCAUGUCCUAUUGUAAUAUGCUGACGUCAGUCGAGCGUCCUCCACAUACACUAAAACGUCUGAAACUCUUUGGUGAUUCUGAUGGUAAUCCUUUGCUACAUAAACUUCUAUUUGAUCCACAAAUGUCGCCACUCAUUUUCUUAGUAGAAUGGCAGUUGUUUGCGCCUUCGUCAUUUGAAUUUGAAGGCUUGAUCAAAGUCCAACCAAUGGAAGGGGUUGAGAAAAAGGUACUUCGUAGUUUGGGCUGGACUAAUCUAGACUUCCUUAACGAGAGGCGUGUGCGAACCAAUGUACGGUUUAGAGGAUCAGAGGAAUCUGAAAUCCAGAUGUAUUAUGAAUUUGGAAUAUUCAGCACUAUUUAUGGAGGCAUAGAGAUGCCGAAUUGGAUCACAGAUAGAAUCAAGGGGCCAUCAAUAUCAUUUACAGUCCCGUCAUCUCCUAAUAACCUCACAGGAUUGAAUUUCUGCUGUGUGCUGGCAUCUCCAUUUCAGCAUGACCGGCUUGAAUUUGAUUUGAAACCGAUUAUAUUUCGUAAUAUAACGAAGAACCUCACUUGGGUAUACAUACAUUACAUUGAAAAAGUUGGUGGAAACUGUGUAAUAUUGUUAAGCCAUUGGAUGUUUGGGAAGAAUGAGGUGGAAUGUGGUGACCACAUUACUGUUACUGUGGUGGAGAAACCAAAUGAUUAUUUUAGUGCAGUUUGUAAGGAGUGUGGUGUAAGUUUUGUGUUUGAUUAUGGAGAAGCAGAUGCGUUAGAUUAUUACAAGUCAUGGAAUCACAUCAUUGGUGGAGAUCUCACUGCAACUCGGUUUCAAAGCGGAGAAUACCUCCUGCAGAACAUGCGAUUUAUUACAGCCGUUCAAGCAAAAUUUAAAGCAUUCCGUUGAAGAAAGUUUGGCAUGGCAUAGUGGAGGUUGGCCCCUAAGGUGUUUUCUUGCAAAGCUAUUGGACUCUUUCGGUUGGUCUUUAUGUUUUCUGUGCAAUAUCUAAAAGUGCAUGAAAAAUGCUAGAACAAGUUCAAUUACAUGUUACAAGAUUCCAUCAUCCAGAAGCCAAUAAUUUCAUCUGCAUAUGUAACGUUAGCUAGUGCUUUUAUUUCAAUGACACAAAUUAGAUGUCAAAUCAAGAAAAAAAAAAUCAUUUCGGACGGAUAAGGUUGCUUUGUGUUUUGGUGCCCAAAUGUACCUAUAGAAAAAAUAUUCAAUACUAGGUUAUUCUUUUUAGACAUA